AUGUUGUUGCCGAUUACAAUAGUGGCUCUCCUUGUGCUGAUCUCCUCCAUAAAUGGCUCAGAAACUCCACUGGACGAGAAAGAAACUUUCAAGACGCUCAACAGUAUGUACACCAAUGACCUGGUUUGGAGUGACGAAUUAGCGGACAAAGCAUUGGAUUGGCUAAAUUCACCAGAAGACCGGAAUAGUAUAAAAGCUGAUAUGAUCGUUGGAGGGAGAGGUUUGAUAACGGAUGCGAAUGACAAGGCCGUGUGGCAAAAAAUACUCGACGUCUUAGAAAUACAUUUUGAUGAAAAAGAAGCAGAGCUCGACAGCCUCCCUCCAGGCACGGUUUACGGAUGCAACGGCUAUAUGAGUACAAGGAGCACAAAGGAUGAUUACGUGUCUGCCAUCUGUCUCUAUGAGAAACAGUAA